AUGCCCGUUAAGAAGGAAAAAGAGCCCCUGUCGGCCUUCGAGCAGCGCCGCCUGCAGAAUAUCGUGGCCAACAAUGAGAUCUUGAAGGACCUAUCACACGCCGCCUCCAAAAUCGCCAAGCCUGCCGCCCCUAAACCUCAACCUCGCCCACGGCCUAAGAGGCCAGCAGUAGAGAGAAGGGAGCAGCCCAAGAGGGAGAGGGCUGUGCCGACUCGCGCCAGCUCGCGCUUGAAGGGUGAAACGGUCAAGCGCGAAGCUGAGGAUUUGGCACCUGCCUCACUUUUCCCUUCGGACAGACCGGCAAAGAAAGCCAGGGUUAACGAUGACUUGAACCUCGGCGACAUUUUGGUCGAGGGGCGCAAGUUUACCACAAACGGUGUCGAUGCAGUCACAGGUCUCAUCUCUCUGCCACGACUGGGGGCGGAACCGGGGGUGCGGACAUUUGACGAGGAUGACAUUAAGGAAACCACGGACGAAGAUCUGCGAAAUUUGAGGAAGAAGAUGAAUAGUUUGGAGUUAUAUGAUAAAUGGGCAGUCAAUGAUAUCAAAAUUGUGCCACAGCGCAUUUAUUCGAUGGGCUUCCACCCCACGGAGGACAAGCCACUCAUCUUUGCAGGCGAUAAAGAAGGCGCAAUGGGAAUUUUCGAUGCAUCUCAAGAUGCGCCUGAAGUCGACGAUGACGACGAGGACGCCGAGAUUCCUGAUCCAGUGAUUGCAGCAUUCAAGACACAUACAAGAACCAUUUCAUCUUUCCACUUUCCACUUACAGACCUGAAAUCAGUCUAUACGGCAUCGUACGACUCGUCCAUCAGGAAGCUGGAUCUCGGGGCUGGCACACCGGUCUCUGUGCAAGUAUUCGCACCCGACGAUGACGAAGACCUCCCUAUCAGUGCAAUCGACAUGGCUCAAAAUGACGCCAGUACCAUUGUGUUCUCGACACUUUCAGGGUCCGUCGGUCGAUACGACGUUCGCACAAAGGACGACGCAGAGAUCUGGGAAUUGAGCGACUCCAAAAUCGGGGGCUUCGCCUUGCACCCCUACGCUCCUCAUCUGUUCGCCACGGCAUCGCUCGACCGCACAAUGAAAAUCUGGGAUAUGAGAAAGAUAUCAGGCAAGGGCGACAUGCGGCACCCAGCACUGAUUGAGGAGCAUGUGUCAAGGCUGUCAGUGUCACAUGCGUCUUGGAGCCCUGGUGGUCACAUCGCUACCAGCUCCUACGACGACACCAUCAAGAUUUACGACUUCAACGACGCCACAUCGUGGAAGGUGGGGCACAAAAUAUCCGAGAAGGAGAUGAAGCCUUCGAGCAUCGUGAAGCACAACAACCAGACGGGAAGAUGGGUCACGAUACUGAAGCCGCAAUGGCAGCGACGCCCAGCAGAUGGCAUUCAGAAGCUUGCGAUUGGAAACAUGAACAGAUUCGUAGACGUCUACGACGCCAAUGGCGAGCAAUUAGCCCAACUGGAUGGUGACGGCAUUACCGCCGUACCGGCUGUUGCGCAUCUGCAUCCGUCUCAAAACUGGGUGGUUGGUGGUACAGCCUCGGGCAAGGUGUGCCUGUGGAUGUGA